AAUCCAUAUCAGAGACUCUGCUAUUAUGUAGCCAACCAUUGUCACUCUGAGCCUAGGAUUUGUGGUGCUACGUUUAUAAUGUAUGACUGACAUCCUCCCACAGCGACAGUGAGCCAGUUAGCGAUAGACUGGAGAAACUGAUUUAGCUAUGUUAGCCAUCAGAUCAUCAGAGGAGGAGUCUGAGAUUGAGGAGAUGGACACCUCAGAGCCUAACUGGUGCUGGUUCUACUUGGCUGAGUGUGGAGUGUGGCAUAUGUUUGAGAUUGAUCCCAGUGCAGCGUGUUCUGUGACCAGUGCUCAGAUCGAGCAGUGUUACAGCAGAAACCAGCACGGCGUCAUGGAGUUCUACACAGCCAAGUACACGUACAGGCUGGACUUCUCAGUCAUGCGGCAGAUAAAUGUGACGACAGGGAAGCAGCGGCCAAUAAAGCGUUCCCUGCACUCUGCAACUGGCUUCAGGUUUAUUUGUGAUAAUUUGGCUUUGCCUGUUCCCUGUCACUGGGAGAGAAUCAAUACAGAUGAGCCCUAUCAACUCAUUCAGCUUGGCAGAGACACUUACGAGUUUAAAGAAGUAGCCAGGUUGUAUGAACGGACAAUGGGACAUCCAAUCAAAUCUAUCCAGAGGAUACAGAACCUAGACUUAUGGGAGUUCUUCUGCAGGAAAAAAACACAGUUACGAAAAGUGAAACGCACACUGGACAUUGAGGAGCGAAUGUUGUUUCAUGGCACAGGCCACAGCAACGUACAAGCUAUAUGCACGUAUAACUUUGACUGGCGGCUGACAGGAAGUCAUGGCGAUGUCUACGGCAAAGGGAGCUAUUUUGCAAGGGACGCCAAAUACUCCAGUAAAUUCUGUCUUACGACGGGGAAGCACAACACCACCUUGCAGAGACACGGGCUCGCCCCGCCAAUAUUUGCCAGCGAGCCUCCUUAUAAGACCAUGUUUCUGGCCAGAGUGUUGGUUGGGGAAUACACUGUUGGUCACCCGAAGUAUUGCAGACCUCCCUCCAAGGAUGCCAGCUUCACCAAUUUUUAUGACAGUUGCGUGGAUGAUUUGGCCAAUCCAAAGAUUUAUGUCAUCUUUGACAGCAAUCAGAUUUACCCAGAGUAUCUGAUUGAGUUUUACUGAUGCCUAAGAAGAGCUCAUGAACUCAAAACCAUAUGAACUAUAGAAGCUGGACCUCAAACACUGAAGGAUUCGGGAUACAAAUUCAGAUGACUGGAUUAAGUGGAAAAAGAAAUAAUUAAAUGGACCUUGGUUUUUUCUUUCAGCUGUAUCCAUUGCCUAACUCAGGCAGGGGUCAUCUAAAGUGCCUUUAAGGAAUACUGGAAAAGCAAGAAGACAUUAUAGCGUUUGUGUACAGUUUUAUAUACUGUAUAUUCUAAGAUGUUGGUCGUACACUGAGGCCCAUUAUUCACACACUGCUUGGGAUGUUUGUGAUAGAAAAACAUGCAAACACUGAACCACUCUGGUAAUGUGAGAAUACAUUUGGCUUAUCAGUCUUCGUGGCAAUUUUGUAUUUAAUGCAGCACCCAUCCUUGCUUGUGGAGUAUCUGUGCACAGUUGAUUAAACUAGGAGUGGAGUACUUGCAGCCCAGCCUGUAGCUUGUAGACAAUGUCCUGGCAUUUACACCACUUAGCACCAUGGCACUUUCUUCAUAUUCACAGUAUCACACAUGUGCUCAAAGUAGUCUAAUGCAGUGGGUCUAGCUAUAGCAGUCUGCCUAAAUGGUCUCUGUACCAAUCCUUAAUCUUAUGUAGACAUUGUCCCAAAUGACCAAGACCAAAAACCACUGCUUUACCCUGCUCACCCAUUUAGCAUCAAGAUUUGUCAAUGUUAGCAACUCAAACAUCUGUGUGUAUGUAGUAUAAUAUGUUAUGUAUGCAUGGAAAGCACGUUUUUAAUUCAACCAAAACAGCUUCUACCUCUCCACUUUUUUUUUAAACCAUGCAUCAAUGCACAUUGUGUCCUUUCAAUGAAAGGGUCUAUAACUGUGUCACAAUGACAUAAAGUCAUAAUGUCAUGUUCACUUGUGUGUCUAUGGUCCUUGGGCAAUACUGUUCUGUAUGUGCUUUAUGAACAUUGAUGGAAAUCUGGAAAAGGACCGAUGAGGACUGAGGCCAAUUUUUUUUGUGUUUACAUUAUGAACAAAGUUGGUUUUCAGUUGGACAUGAGAUCAAAGUUAACAUUGCACUGAAUUACAUCACACUGAUCAUCUGAGUGUAAUGCUCCCAUCUGUUCACAUCUCUCCGUCUUCUCAACUUUGAUCUGCUGAGGAGAUGAAAGAUGUUUAACUUUGUCCCUGGUGCAAACUCAUCUGGAAAUUUUGUAUGGCCAGCUCAUGUAUAGUACUGUAAAGUAACCACGCUAUAACGAUGCUUUGUUACGUGUAGCUGUCGAGUUCACUGUUGGCUUUCUAUUCACUGAUUUGCAUUAGGUUACUUCCUCCCUUUCAUUUAAGGGAAAGUUUGAAAUUUGCGGGGGGAAAAAAUAAUAAUAGUAGGAUGCAAAGUAUGAAAUUUGCCACAAGGUGGUGCAACAGUACAAGAGUGGAGCACCAGCAAAUCUGUUGCAUUGCACCACAAACUUGUACAGUAAACUGAGAUAGGUGCAACAGCAGCAGCCAUAUGUCUUCAGUCAUGCAGAAUUGUGUGUGGGUAUGUCUGCACGUGUAUGUGUAUGUGUAUGUGUGUGUGAGUAUGUGUAUUUUGCACAUUGUAUAAUAAAGCUUAUCAUGAAAGUAA